UAGCGCUAGCUAAACCCAGCAAUUACACAUCUCCCUCGUUUCACAUUCCUUUUUCUUGCGUUGCCCCUAUUUUUGGUUAUUCUUUAUUCGCCAUCCCCCUGUCUUCUACGCCCUGUCUAGAACCCGACAGGCAUAUGUCAUAUUUCUUCAAUAGAUUUAUAUUCGCUUGUCACACCCAUUCUAAAAGUGGUCAGCAGAGCCCAAGAAACGCCACUGAUCCGAUGCCAUGGGUAAAAAAGGAAACAACAAGAAGAAGAAGAACAAUAAUAAUAAGCAACGGCUCCCGGUAAACGACAUUCCACUUUCCAAAGAACAAAACUCCCCCCCUGAUCUAGCCCCGGAAGCAGCGGUUGAAGUCGGAGAAGAUGGAGCACCACCCGGUCCAGAUCAGGACAACAACAACAACAACCCCGUCGAACCAGAGAAAGACCCGGCCGCCGAGAGUCCCCCAGAAGAAGGAUCAGAUAGUACCUCUGCUGACGGUUCAACGUCUCCUGAAUCGGAAGGUUCAUCGGAAACGACAACGCCACCCCUAGAGACUGAUGAAGCUUCCGGCGAUGCGACCACCGAAUCAAAAGAGGAAGGCGAAAGCCCCGCUCCAGAAGCAGACGACUCGGCUCAGACACCAGAGGAUAGCUCUCCCAGCGAACAACCUGUUGAGGAUGAGGCAAAAGACGUAGAAUUGGAACAAGCCGAAGAAGUUGCUCCGGCGGAUGUAGACGACACGCCCCCUGAGGAGAACACUGAAGCCCCCAACAAUGAAUGUGAUCCUUCCGCAGAACUUGACAAGGUCGAAGCCGAAAAAGAAGAAGCCGACAAGCAAGCGGCUGAAGACGCCAAGCUCGAAGCUGAAGCCACACCGGAAGUCACACCAGAAGACUUGAUCGACGUCGAUGUUGACAAUGAUGGGCAAGAUGCAACUGCAGAGUCUCCCGCGGAAAGCGACGAACAAGGAGAAGCUGCGUCCCCGAACAAUGACGACGGCCCUAGCCCCGACGAUGCUGGAGCGAACGAUAGUGGCGCUGCAUCUCCCAAAGAGCCGACUACGGAAUCUAAGGAAGAGGGCCAAGAGCCAGAGGUCGAAGCGCCACCCGAGCCCGCUCAAAAACCAGAUACAACAGAGCCGCCUUGUGCUCAAGAAAAACAGGAACCUCAAGCUGCAGAAGACUCGUCUGAUACUACAGAGCCCGCAGAGGAAGCACCAGCGGAAGAGAGUGCGCCAGAGCCGGCCGGGGAUGCAGCGGCAGACGAAACUGACGCUCAACCUGAUACUGAGUCAGCGCCAGCAGAAGAGCAGGGACCGGAAGAGCCGGUUGCUGCAGAGGAAGAUUCUCCUUCCGAUGAGACUGCAACCCCCGAAACAGCUGAUGAAGCCACUGCGGAUGUUGAGUCUGGCGAAAAAGCAUCCAAUGAGCCCUCUGAAUUACCUGUCGCUGAAGAAGACCCAACCAACGAUGCAGAAGAAGGGUCCGCUGAGAUCCCUGCUGGAGAAACUGCGCCCAUAGAGGAGCCUGCCGAAGAGCCCGUUGCUGACAACGCAGCAAACGAGCCCGAAGUUUCAGAUACCCCCGAGGAAAUCAUUGAAGCAGCGGAACCAGUAGCAGAAGAGGCAUCGAGUGAAGAGACACCGCCUGAGGAAGCAACAAAUCCUGAGUCAGUCGAUGGCUCUACCGAUGAACCCCCAGCGACAGCGGAGACAACUCCGGAAUCACCUAGCUCGGAAGAAGUGGAGGGUGAGACGGCGCCUGAGGAGAAACCGGCCGAGGAAUCGAUUCCAGAAGAGCCAGCCAUAGGAGAGGAAGCUCCAGAAGCCGAGGCCACAAUUAAGGAAGCUACCGCUGAUGAACACGCUGAACCUGAGGAUGCCCCCGCUGAAGCUCCCGCAGAGGAAGCGCCAACAGAAGAGCCAGGUUGUGUCGAAGAACAACCCGAGCAAACUACGGAGGAGGCAGCUUCUGAAGACUCGCCAUCUAGUGAGGAAGUGCUCGCAGAAGAAGGUGGUGAUAUCGUUUCUGAAGAGCCUGCCUUAGAAGAGUCGGCCACUGAAGCUGUGGCUGAGGAUUCCGCUCCUGCUGAGACUACUAUCAAAGAGCCUGCGGCCGAGGAUCCUCCAGCUCCAGAUGAGACACCACCUGAGCCCGAGCCUGGUGAGUCUACUGCGGCUGAAGACGCGGUUAUCGAGGCACCGCUCGAGGAAAACCAGCCUGCUGAAGAGUCCGCACCUGAUGAAUCUUCACCCGCUGAAAAAUCGACAGACGAGCCUGCUGCCGAGGCUGUGGCGGAAGAACCGGCUGCCGUAGAUGAGCCCGCUGCUGAAGAACCUGCAGCUGAAGAGCCUGCUCCCGGUGCGGAAUCCCCUGUGGAGGAACCUGCAGUUGAACAAAUACCUCCCGCUGAGGAACCUGCUGCCGAAGAACCAGUCGUGGAGGAGUCUGCUCCUGGAGAGCCAGAACUAGCUGAAGAACCUGCUUCUGCGGAGCCGGCUCCAGUGGAGGUGCCCGCUGCCGACGAGCCAGCAGUCGAAGACCCAGCAAUCGAAGAUCCUGCUCCUGCUGACGAGCCUCACGUCGAGGAACCUGUCGCUGAAGAAGCCUCUCCCACUGAGGAGCCUGCUGCAGAAGAACCAGUAGUGGAGGAGCCUGCUUCUCAAGAACCAGUGCCUGCCGAAGAACCCGCUCCUGCUGAAGAAGCAGCGCCCAUCGAAGAGCCUGCUCCUGCUGAGGAACCCGCUGCUGAGGAACCCGCUCCUGUCGAGGAACCUGCUCCUGCUGAGGAACCAGUGCCCAUCGAAGAACCCGCUGCUGAGGAACCUGCUCCUCUUGAAGAACCCGCUGCUGAGGAACCUGCUCCUGUCGAGGAACCAGCGCCCAUCGAAGAGCCUGCUCCUGCUGAAGAACCCGCUCCUGAGGAUACGAGGCAGAUCCGAGCUCGGAACCUUCAGAAGAGACCGAGGCUAUUGAAUCCUCGACAGGAGAUACGCUAGUUGGAGCCGCCGCCAGGGGCGCUGCUGUUGCCGCAGCCGCCGCAGCAGUUCACCAGACAAAUGCACGAAGGAGGCACAGGAAAUCGCCUGAAGUCGACUACGAUCGCAAGGAAUCAAGAAGCUCCUCUGAUGGACGCCGGUCACUAAAACGGCAGGAGACUGAACGUGUUGGUCUUGCCGGCCGAUGGGCGCAAGCUUUGAGGGAGUCCAAGAGACAACAUGAAGAGAAACAAAAGCAGAAGACUCAGGUUGUCGAGAAAGAGCACCGAUCUUCGGAGCGAGGAAGAGAUAGAGAGAGGGAACGCCAACGGGAGCGUCAAAGAGUACAAGAACAAG